UUGCUGUUGGAGUUGCCGGCGAGUGCAAGUGAUGCUGAGUGAGGCUUGAGAGGAGAGGAGAGGAGGGGAGAGGAAGGGAAGCUGCCGACGAGGCCGACGCCGCUCCCGUCGCCAUGGCACAGCCAACCACCCCACUGAGAUGCUUCCGCGACCACCACUUCAAAGAAAAAUUUAAAGACGAAAAUGUGGUGACAGUAACUUCGGUGGAGCAGAUAGCAGUAGAAUUGAAUGUCCAAGAGGCGUAUGAAUCCUUCAGAAUUGAUUGGCGCAUGCCACAGCCUAUCCUCCAGAGGGAGAAACAUUUCCAGUAUUUGAAGAAAGGUCUGAAGAACCUCUCGGAGUCUUAUUCGUGUUUGGAUGCAAGCAGACCUUGGCUCUGUUACUGGAUCCUGCACAGCUUGGAGCUUCUGGGUGAGCCACUUGAUGAAAGCACAGCUUCCCACAUUUGUCAAUUCUUGGCACGAUGUCAAUGUCCAAAUGGUGGAUUUGGUGGUGGACCGGGCCAAGAACCACAUCUUGCUCCAACGUACGCUGCUGUGAAUGCGCUCUGUAUAAUGGGCACAGAAGAGGCUUAUGGUGUUAUUAAUAGAGAAAAGUUACUUGAAUUUCUGUACUCUGUGAGGCAACCGAAUGGGUCCUUUACUAUGCAUAUGAGUGGGGAAGUUGAUGUCAGGAGUGCCUACUGUGCGGCAUCUGUUGCAUCGUUAACAAACAUCAUCACACCUACACUGUUUGAGGGAACACCUGAGUGGGUGAUAAGCUGUCAGAACUGGGAGGGUGGGAUCGGUGGUGUACCUGGAAUGGAAGCUCACGGUGGGUACACAUUCUGUGGUAUGGCUGCCAUGGUCAUCUUUAAAAAGGAGUGGAUGUUGGAUCUCAGAGCAUUAUUGCGCUGGGUAACGAAUCGGCAAAUGCGCUUUGAAGGUGGAUUUCAAGGUCGAUGCAACAAAUUGGUGGACGGUUGUUACUCAUUCUGGCAGGCUGGACUCCUGCCACUUCUGCACCGAGCGCUACAUGCAGCGGGAAAGGAUACUCUCAGUAUGACACACUGGAUGUUUCAUCAAGAAGCACUUCAAGAGUACAUCCUACUCUGUUGCCAGAAUUCCACGGGAGGAUUGUUGGAUAAACCUGGCAAAUCAAGGGAUUUUUAUCACACCUGUUACUGUCUAAGUGGACUAUCGGUGGCACAGCACUUCGGUGGUGGAGAACUUCUCCAUGAAAUUAUUGUGGGUGAUGAAAGUAACCGACUGAAACCAACCCACCCUGUGUACAACAUUGGUCCUGAAAAAGUAGCACAAGCUGUAAUGCACUUCCUCAAGCUCUCAGUUCCACGGAUAAAGACUAAUUCAAAUUAAAAUUACGAUGCAUUCAAAAUAAUUCAAUUUCCAAAUAUUAGUUGUGCAACCCCAAUCCAAAGAAUUAUGUUUUCAAAGUAAAAUUGUUCAACUUGGAGCGCAUUCUAAUAUGAAGCUACUAGCUUUGUGCAACGACAGGGAUAAAAGCCAUUGGAACUGCACAUAGUGUGGCUAACUAGUCCAGUUUACAUUCAGCAACUUGCUCCUGAGAACUGAAACGUCAGAGACUGUUAUCUGUAAAUGUUCCUGUUUACACGACAGCGUCUCUCAAAAAAGUGAAUAGUAUUAGUGUAAAUACGGCACUGUACCUUUUACUGGCUUCAGAAAUAAUUUAUCACUGUUGCAAUAAAGUUUUUUUUUCCAAGCUUUCAA